AUGGUGGAAGUGAUACCAGAACACAUCAAAGAUGUGUGGGAUAGAUGGAACAUCAGAGGAGCAAUCAUCCUGAGUCUAACCCUUCAAGCAAUUCUCAUUUGCUUCUCUCCUCUAAGGAAACGCACACCAAGAAGACUCUUGAUCAUGCUCGUCUGGUCCUCUUACCUCUUAGCAGACUGGUCUGCUAACUUCGCUGUUGGUCUCAUCUCCAAGAAUCAAGGUAAAGAUCCCAAACCCAAAGACCCUCCACAGGACAAAAAGCUCAUGGCUUUAUGGGCACCAUUCUUGCUCUUGCAUCUUGGUGGACCAGACACAAUCACAGCUUUUGCGCUCGAAGAUAACGCUCUUUGGCUCCGACAUGUCUUUGGCCUUGUCUUUCAGGCAAUUGCUGGUGUCUACGUGGUUCUCCAGUCUCUCCCCAACAGCCUUCUGUUGAUUAUAGUCUUAGUCUUCGCUUCUGGCACUAUCAAGUAUCUUGAGCGGACAACGGCUUUGUAUAGUGCGAGUCUGGACAAGUUUAGAGAUUCUAUGGUUCAAGCACCAGAUCCAGGACCAAACUACGCCAAGCUCAUGGAGGAGUACAAGGCCAAGAAAGAGGCAAGACUACCUACAAAGAUCAUUCUGAUUGAUGAGCCUGACAAGGAACAUAGGCCUAAGAAGCUAGUGCAUCCAUCAAAGGCUUAUUCUGUAGAAACCAAAGAACGCAAAGAUCCGUCGCAGUCGCAGUCACGGUCGCAGAAUCAAGCAAACGCUUCCUCGCGUGGGAAAGAAAAAGAUAAAGAAGGAGGAAGGAAAGAGCUGCACGAGCUUGAGAUUGUGCAGUACGCUUACAAGUUCUUCAACACAUUCAAGGGCCUUGUGGUCAACUUAAUCUUCAGCUUCAGGGAGCGUGACGAGAGCCUAGAGAUCUUUGAGAAUCUGGUUGAUCCCGUGGAAGCCUUGAGGAUCAUUGAGAUCGAGCUUGGUUUCCUCUACGACACUCUCUUCACCAAGAUCGCCGUUCUUCACACCAUCUUCGGAACCAUCUCACGCUUCGUUGCUUCUGGUACCCUUAUCGCAGCCUUCGUCAUCUUCCACAGGAAACCAAACAAAGGCCGAGAGUUUGACCCAGCUGAUGUCGCUGUCACAUACACUCUCUUCAUAGUUGGCUUAGCUUUGGAUCUCAUCUCCAUCCUCCUGUUUGUGUUCUCUGACUGGACAUGCGCUUCCCUAAGUAGCUUGAAGGACGAUCCAGACGAGCCUCUAUCAUACAAAGACCAACUCUUUAACUGGUUGCUCAGUUUCAGACAGCUGCGUUGGAAGAUGCAAGAAUGCGGCAAGACAGGUACGCACACGUGUACAGAGUUCAAGAAAGGUACGCAUACGUGUGCAGAUUGCAAGGAAGGCACGGAGAAGUGUAAAGUAUGCAAGGAAGGUAGGGCUAAGGACUGUAAAACGGUAGAGAAGCAUGAAGUGCUCACCACGCAAUUCUUCCUCCGGAGAUGGUGUGGAAGCAUCAACGUAUUCAACUUUCUAGCGUACGCGACAAAGGCAAAAGUGACGAGGAUUCACGACGCAAGAGGUAGUUUCCGCCGAUUCAUGUGGAGCCUCGUAGCUGUCCCCAGUGAGAUUAUCAACCACUACAUGCAGAAGCUUUUUAAAUGGAUCGGCAGGUUGAUCAAUCAUGUGCACAAGUGGAUCAGUCAGGGAGUGACUGAAUAUUCAAGAAAACAUCGUUUCGCUCGUAGCACUCUCUUCCCUUUCUACUUCAGUUUCCUGUCCCAGAUCCCUCAUUUCAUCAAGCUUGCGUGGGAUCUCUUCAGCGACUUCUUCGACAUCGCGGAUACGAUUGAUAAGGUCUCCAAGACGCUGUUCGUACACGGAGAGCCCAUGACCAAAGAGCUGUGGACGUUCGUGUUCAAUGAGCUGAAAUACAAGUCAAAGUUUGGAGACAGUCCUGAGAAUGCCAAAAGGAUAUCGUUGACUCGAGGAGAAUGGACUUUACGAGACAACCUUCCAAUGAAAGCAGACCGCGAGAAGCUGGUGCGUUACGUCACGAAAGUUGACUAUGAUCAGAGUCUUUUGAUGUGGCACAUCGCAACCGAGCUCUGUUACCAGCAGAAGGAGACCAUCUCUAAAGAUUUUGAUGAGUAUGAGCACUACAGUAACCGAGAGUUCAGCAAAAUCAUCUCAGACUACAUGAUGUAUCUGCUGAUCAUGCAACCUAGUCUCAUGUCCGAGGUUGCUGGAAUCGGGAAGAUCAGGUUCAGAGACACGUUGGCUGAAGCUGACAAGUUCUUCCACAGGAGGCACAUUGAGGACGAUAGAAGCGUCAAGAUUGCCACUGACACGAUUCUCAACGUGGAGAGUGGGAUUGAUCCGAUGGGAGUCAAGGGAGAUCGAAGCAAGUCUGUGUUGUUUGAAGCGAGCAGGCUGGCUAAAGACCUUAUGCAGCUGGAGGAGACGUAUGGGAAAGACAAGUGGGAGAUAGUGGGCAAAGUGUGGGUGGAGUUGCUCUGUUAUGCGGCGUGUCAUUGCGAUGCAACAGCUCAUGUGGAGCAGCUCAGCAGAGGAGGUGAGUUUAUCAACUUCGUUUGGCUUUUGAUGGCUCACUUUGGACUCACAGAUCAGUUCCAGAUCAACAAAGGAGAUGCCAGGGCCAAGCUUAUCAUAGGCAAGUGA